AUGACUUUUUAUGGAGCGAGUGGGAGGAGUGUUGGAGGUGUUGGGGGGAGAGAUGUGGAUGCGGUGGAUAGGGUGGAUGGUGUGAGGAGGGAGGAGGGGAAAGAAAAGGCCAAAAGAAGGGAAGAAAAAGUGCAUGUAGUGCAUGAAAAAAGAUCCUCCCCGCCUCCAAAAUGGAAAAGAUCCGCACGUCUCCAUCCUCAAGCCGUCAUCCCCGUCCGCAUAGGUCUCACGCAACAAAACCUCCAUCGCGCCGAGGAAUUUAUAAAUCAAGUCUCACAUCCUGAAUCCCCGCUCUACGGUCAACACUGGAGCGCAUCCAAGAUCGCAGAUAUGUUUGCUCCGUCUCGGGAAACGGUGGAGGUCGUGCGGACUUGGCUACACGAGGCGGGGAUUGCACCGGAGAGGGUGAGGGUUAGUAAGGGGGGUGCGUGGAUUAGCUUCAAUGCGACGACGGAGGAGGCGGAGGGAUUGUUGAGGACGAGGUAUUUUGUUUGGGAACAUGAGGAGGGGGGGAGGCAUGUUGCCUGUGGGGAGUAUAGUGUGCCGAGUGGGGUGAGCGCCCAUGUGGAUUUUGUGACGCCUGGGGUAGCGUUUGAUGGGAGAGUUGGGGGUGGAGGUGGGAGGAAGCAGGUGAGGCAGGAGAGGGAUUUGCCGGAGCCGUUGAAAGCGUUGAACAGGAGGGCGGAGGAGGUGAAGAGGAGAAGGAGGGAUGGGAUGGGUGCUGGAAUCGGAAUGGGUGUUGGGGAUACAAAGCCCGUUGGAAAAAUGGGAAGUCCCGAAGAUGCGUCGAAUCCUAAGCAAGGAGCCGAUGUCAAGAAUGCUCUAAUGACGCUCGCAAAUUGCGAUACUAUGAUCACAACCGCCUGUCUCCAAGCCCUUUAUAAUUUCCCUCCGGGUUCGAAAUCCGCUACGAAUAAUACACUGGGUGUUGUCGAAUAUACACCGCAGGCAUUUCUCCAAACAGAUUUAAAUAUGUGGUUUGACCAAUUCUCACCCAAUCAAGCGAAUAAAGUACCAAUUGUCGAUUUAAUCGACGGAGCCGUUGUGCAACAAACCAAUCAAUCUUUCGCCUUCAACGGUGAAAGUGCACUCGAUCUCGAAUUUGCCAUGGCACUCAUAAACCCGCAACAAGUGACCGUCUUCCAAGUCGGCGAUCUGGUCGAGGGAGGAAGUUUCAAUAAUUUCCUCGAAGCAAUCGAUGCUUCCUACUGUACAGCCGAAGGCGGCGACUCCAAAGAUCCCAACGUCGAUGGCCAAUAUCCGGAUACCAAACCUGGCGGUUUCCCCGGCGAACUCCAAUGCGGACGCUAUCAAAGCACCAAAGUGAUUUCGACCUCGUAUUCAGCCAACGAAGCGGAUCUCGGCGCAAAAUAUGAAAUGCGUCAGUGCAACGAGUACAUGAAACUCGGGCUCCAGGGCGUCUCGGUGCUGUACUCCUCGGGCGAUUUCGGCGUCGCGGGAAAUGGAGGUCAGUGUAUUGAUUCCAAGACGGGAGCAUAUAAUAACGGGUCCUCGGGAAUGUUCAACCCCAGUUUUCCAGGCACGUGUCCGUAUGUGACGAGUGUGGGCGCGACGCAGAUUCUCAACGGGAGUACGGUGCAUAGUCCCGAGAGCGCGGCGUCAAAAUCGCCGCCGGGGUAUGGGGCCGAGCGAUACAAUAAUUCGAAAUUGGUACGGGGGUACCCGGAUGUGAGUGCAAAUGGGGUGAAUUAUGUGACGGCGGUGAAUGGACAAUUUUCGCUCGCGUUUGGAACGAGUGCGAGUUGUCCGGCGUUUGCGGCCAUGCUGAAUUUGGUGAAUGAGGAGAGGAUUGCGGGGGGGAAGAGUACGGUCGGGUUUGUGAACCCGGUGUUGUAUAAGAAUCAGGCGGCGAUGAAUGAUAUUACGAGUGGGAGGAAUCCCGGGUGUGGAACGGAUGGGUUUGAGGCGGUGCAGGGGUGGGAUCCGGUGACGGGGUUGGGGACGCCGGAUUAUGGGAAGUUGGUGAAGGUUUUUAUGGGGUUGCCUUAG